AUGGCGCCCUCUCUGCUUCCGGUGUUAAACUCCACGACGUCCUUCUGGCGGUCCAGUCUCCAUGAGAUUGACGACCACAGUAGCACGCCAGACCUACCAUCGGAGGUAGAUAUCGUGAUAAUCGGAGCUGGCUACGCCGGUGCCUCGACUGUGCACCACAUCCUCGAGAUCUGCAAGGAGCAGAACUUACCUAUUCCGUCUAUAGCCAUCCUCGAGGCACGGCAAGCAUGCUCAGGAGCAACGGGUAGAAAUGGCGGCCAUCUCAAGCCGGACCCGUACAACCGCCCCGUCACCAUCGCAGGCAACCAUGGCAUCGAGGCGGCGGCCGAGUGCGCCGAAUUCGAGGCACAGCACAUCCCGGCUAUGAAGAAACUGAUCGAAGACGAGGCCAUCGACUGCGAAUUCGUGUUGACGCGGUGCAUGGACGUCCUGCUGACGGAUGACAUCUACGACAAGAUGAAGAGCGGUGUUGACUUCCUCCGCAAACACGACAUCUCCGUCAUGAAGGACGUGUGGUUCGCUUCGGGGGCGCAAGCCGAGCAGAUCUCAGGCGUAAAAGGCGCUAAAGCCUGCUUUAGCUACACCGCUGGCCACCUGUACCCCUAUAAACUGAUCACGCAUCUCCUGGCAAACGCCGUCCGCGCUGGCGUCAACCUACAAACGCACACCCCCGUCUCCUCCGUCUCCCCAACCGCCGACAAGGACGGUUUCUUCACCGUAUCCACCAAGACCCGGGGCAGCCUGCGCGCCCAAAAGGUCGUCUACGCAACCAACGCCUACACCUCCGCCCUGCUCCCGGAAUUCACCUCCAAGAUCGUCCCUGUGCGCGGUAUCUGCAGCCACAUCGCCGUGCCUGCUACUAGUAAGAAACCCGCACCCACACUGCAGACGUCGUAUAUCCUCCGCUGGGGCAACUACGAGUACGAGUACCUGAUCCCACGACUGGACGGGAGCAUUGUCGUCGGCGGGGGACGGUCGCGGUACUACCACGACAAGGCGAGUUGGUACGACAACGUGAAUGACGAUAAACUCAUUGAGGCGGCCAAGCCGCAUUUUGAUGGGUACAUGCAGAGGGUGUUUCACGGGUGGGAGGACAGCGGGGCCGAGGCGACCAAUGUUUGGACUGGGAUUAUGGGCUACUCCUCCGACGGUCUACCCCACGUAGGCACGGUCCCGGGUCGCCAAAACCAGUUCAUCAUCGCCGGGUUCACAGGGCACGGCAUGCCGCAGGUGUUUUUAAGCUCCAAGGGAAUCGCCAAGAUGGUCGUAAGCGGCGCCAGCUUCAAGAGCACGGGAAUUCCCCGUGUCUAUCAGGCCUCGAAGGCGAGGUUGGAUAGUACCCGGAAUGUGAUCCUCGAAGGCUGGGAAGAAAGUCAAAAGGGGCCUCCGUCGCCGAAGCUCUGA